UAAAGGGACACAUUGUGAAUGUUUAAAGGGACAGAACCAGAUUCCAGCUGAGGAGCUUCACAUUUUGGAGACAGUUAUGGAAAACAGUCUGAUGUGCUGGGAAACAGAGACAGAACUCAGGGCCCAGCCUGACCCAGUUCUGCUGCAGGACCAAGUGCUAAUCAACCUUCUGCAGGCAGAGCACAGAUACACCCCAUCAGCUACUUACUUCCAAUGUGUGCAGAAGGAAAUCCGACCUUACAUGAGGAGAAUGCUCACAAGCUGGAUGCUAGAGGUUUGUGAAGAUCAGAGAUGUGGGGAGCAAGUGUUUCCGUUGGCGGUAAACUGCUUGGAUCGAGUGCUGUCACUUGUAUCAGUAGAAAAGAGGCAACUUCAACUUGUAGGCGCUGUGUGCCUCCUAGUGGCUUCAAAGCUUCGGGGAUCCAAACCAAUGACGACAGAGACAAUGUGCAUGUACGCAGACUAUUGCUUCACCGACAAGGAGCUGCGGAUGAUGGAGUUGUUGGUAUUGAAUAAACUGAAAUGGGAUAUGGAGGCAGUUAUACCCCACGAUUUUCUUGCACAUUUCCUCGAUAUCCUAAAGAUUCCCCGGGACAAAGUGCAUCAAGUCAGGAAGCACACUGAGACCUUCAUUGCACUCUGCACGACAGAUUAUAACUUUAUUGCACUUCCACCUUCAUUGGUGGCUGCUGCCAGCGUGGCUGCUUCGGUGACCGGGCUGCGGCCAGAGAAUUUGGGAAUGAGGUUCUCCAACAUAUCAACUACAUCCUACCUUGCACAUGCCAUACAUUGUGAUCCGAAUGUUCUGAGAAUGUGCCAGGAGCAGAUUGAAGUCUCCCUUAAAUCCAGCCUUCGAGAAGCUAAAACAAGCAGGAUGGACAACUCAAAGUCUGUAGAGGAGAUCGAGCGAUCUAGCACCCCGACGGAUGUUCUGGAUUUUGAUCUGUAGUCAUCGAUUGCAAUCAUUCUUGAUUAUAAUCAUUUAUCUUGUUGGAUAACAACUCAAGAUCAAGUAUGAGAUAGACUCUAACUCUCCGAGAAAGCCACUAUAUUUUUGUACGAAGUCUAAGCAACUGUAGCCAUUUUGGGUGGUUGUCACCUGAAAAACAUCUCCACUUUUCAAGGUCUUAAAAUACAAAGCACUUUUAAUUGGUCCUCUAAGUGAUGGCUUCAGAGAUGGUGCUCCGACCGAAUGAUGAACUUUGUUAUGUGACGCAAAAAAUCUGUUCCAUUGGAUUUAUCUACGAGAACCAGCAGAUA